UCAUCGUUCGUACUGAAAUUAAAACAGCGGGCUUUCAUGAUGUUUGUGUUGUGCUCAGUCGCCGGUUAUUACGUGAAGGUAUGGUGAAGGCACGGUGACGGACAAGUAGUAUAUCUGAUCCCUCGUGUCUGCACAACAAGAUAAAAUGAGUGGUGAGUCCUCUGUGCGACAAUCUCUCAAAGAACGGUCUUUGAAGCGACGCGCUUUGCUGGCCCAGCAACUCGGCGCCGGUUCCGUCAGCAACCUGAGCCAGAUUUUGGGAAAUGCGCACGCUAAACAAUCAUCUCCCGAUUCAGCAUCCUCUCGUGACGCACCUACAAAAGACGACGCAGCAGACGACAUUUCCGAAACCAAAUCGGUGAAAAUAGACGCACCUCAAGGCUCAACGCAAGACGCAAGGGAUAACGCUGGCCACGCCGAGGAAGUCUACACGUACCGCGACUCGAGUACCUUUCUCAAAGGUACCCAGAGCGCGAAUCCGCACAACGACUACUGCCAACACUUCGUGGAUACGGGACAGCGGCCACAAAACUUUAUCAGAGACGUUGGGCUGGCGGACCGCUUUGAAGAGUAUCCCAAACUUAAAGAACUGAUUCGAUUAAAAGAUGAGCUCAUUCGCGAAUCAGCCACACCGCCCAUGUAUCUGAAGUCUGAUUUGGAGAGUUUCAAUUUUCGUGAACUUAAUUGCAAAUUUGAUGUGAUCCUCGUCGAACCUCCCCUGGAAGAGUAUCAACGCACCUGCGGUGUAGCCAACACGAAAUUUUGGAGUUGGGACGACAUCAUGAAGCUGGAAAUCGAGGAAGUCGCAGCCUCCAGAUCUUUCGUCUUUCUCUGGUGCGGAUCUUCCGACGGACUGGAUCUGGGCAGACAGUGCCUGAGAAAAUGGGGUUUCCGACGCUGCGAGGACAUCUGCUGGAUAAAGACGAACAUCAAGAACCCGGAGCACAAAAAGAACUUGGAACCCAGGGCCGUCUUCCAGCGCACCAAGGAGCACUGCCUGAUGGGAAUAAAGGGAACUGUCCGUCGAAGCACCGACGGGGAUUUUAUCCACGCCAACAUCGAUAUUGACCUGAUUAUUUCUGAAGAACCCGCGUUUGGCGGCAUCGAGAAGCCCGAAGAGAUAUUUCACAUCAUCGAACAUUUCUGUCUCGGCCGCCGUCGUCUGCAUGUGUUUGGUCGCGAUACCUGCAUCAGGCCCGGCUGGUUGACGCUCGGGCCAGACUUGACAAACAGUAAUUUCAGCAGCGAGGUGUACAACAGCUACUUCAACAAGGCAGCCAACGAUUACUUGACGGGUUGUACCGAACGCAUCGAGGCCCUCAGACCAAAGUCGCCCCCUCCGAAAGGAAAAAGCGGUGGGGGGAACCGUAGAGGAAGGGGGGCUCCGAGAGGUCGUUGAGUGGCGUGAUCGAAGUCGUCCUGGUUAAAAAAUGUAAUGUGCUGGACAAUUUCAUGCGCCUAGCGGUUGUCAUUUUAUCAUCCGCAUCUUGUUUUGAUCAUGUCAUCGAUGUAGAAACACUUACUUUUGUUUUUCUGUUUUAUUCCGUUAUAAUUUUGUUACGCCUAUGGUGAAAGCAUCCGUAAUAAAAAAAAGAUUGGACACUGCA